AUGAGGAAUAUGUUAAAUAUGGAUUCACAGUGACGACAGACAGAGCAGGAGAGGAGGUACCACUGUGUUUCGUAUGUUCAACAAUUCUCUGUAAUGAAGCUAUGAAGCCGUCGAAACUUACGCGGCAUAUGGAGACGCAUCACGUCCACUUGAAGGCCAAACCCGUUGAGUACAUGCAACAGAUGUUGCGUGAUUUCAAAGGACAGCAGGCUACCAUGAGGAAGAGUGCAAAAAUAAAUGAAAACGCACUGAAAGCAUCGUAUCUGGUCGCUCUCAGGGUUGCAAAAAGUAAGAAGCCCCAUACCAUUGCAGAGCAGCUUAUAUUGCCAGCAGCCAUAGAUAUGUGCAGAGCUAUGGUAAGCGAAGAAUGUGCCAACAAAUUAAAAACUAUUCCGUUGUCAGACAACACAAUCGGAAGACGAAUUGGGGAAAUGGCAAAUGAUGUCAAAGACCAGCUGAUGGCAAAACUUCAGACAGUUCUGUUUUCCCUUCAAAUCGACGAGACGACAGAUGUUACUAAUGAUGCGCAACUGUUAACAUUUGUGCGAUACGAGGACAGUGGCACUAUGUGCGAGGAAUUUCUUUUUUGCAAACCACUGCCCGGGCGAACUACCGGUGUAGAAAUAUUUAAAGCACUGGACGAUUUUUUCACGGAGCACAAUAUCUCGUGGCAGAGGUGCGUUGCAUUAUGCAGCGAUGGGGCCCGAGCCAUGAGUGGCAGCAAGACUGGACUGUUUGCGCAUGUAAGGAGGGUGGCUCCGGGGGUAAUUUGGACACACUGCCUGAUUCAUAGAGAGGCUCUCGCCUCCAAAGAUCUCAGUGUUGAGCUCAGUGGUGUGUUUGAUGUCGUUGUCAAGACGGUCAACUUCAUAAAACGAAACGCAUUGAAUACACGCCUGUUUUCAUCCCUAUGCCAUGACUUGGGAAGUGAACACAGCUCUCUCCUUUAUCAUUCAGAGGUGCGUUGGCUGUCUCGCGGCGCUGUGCUCGCCCGUGUGUUUGAACUACGCGGAGCUAUCUACGAGUUCUUGUGCGAGAAGCAUUCUGAUCUGGCUUCCAAUUUCAACGAUAGUUACUGGUUAACUAAGCUGGCGUACCUCACAGAUGUUUUUGCAGAGCUGAACAAGUUGAACAGCUCCAUGCAAGGGAGAGAUGCAAACGUCAUGCAGCUCUACGAGAAGCUCGACGCAUUUGUGAAAAAAAUGUCAAAGUGGAUCGAACGAGUGGAGAGCAAUAACUUGGCGAUGUUUCCUUCAGUUGAGGAAUACCCUGACAGCACUGACAUCAACGACACUAUAUGUGAGCAUUUGAGGAAGCUUGUGCGUCAAUUCGCAAAGUACUUCACUGAUUCGGAAGAGUGGCGCCGUGACAGCAAGUGGAUCCUGCUCCCAUUCAGUGACGAUGCAUCAGUAGGGUCAAGUCUGACGGCUGUGGAAGAGGAUAAGCUGAUUGAGAUGUCCACAGACUCUGUCAGGAGGCAUAUGUACGACACACAGCCCCUUGUUAAAUUCUGGAUAAGUUGCCAGACAGAAUUUCCACAGCUUGCUGCAAAAGCAAUGAGGUGUCUUUUGCCCUUUCCAACCACAUACCUGUGUGAGAGUGGUUUUUCUACACUGGCGUACUUAAAGAAUAAGUACAGGGCUAGGCUUGAUCCAGAGAAUGACAUGAGACUGUCUCUGUCUACCAUUUCGCCACGAAUAGACAGGCUGUGUGGACUUCACCACGCCCAGAUAUCACACUGACAGCAGGUGAUUGGUGACAGGUCUGUCCUGGCUGGGUUAUAAAAGCCCUGACCAGCCAGCAGUUGAGGCUGCCUUGGUCUUCAUUUGUUGGAUUUUGGUUCUCCGGUGUUGUUGGAUUUUUGUUCUCCGUUGUUGUUUUGUCACACACCUAGACUGACUUUGCAUGACAUUUUUAGUUACUUUUCCCAAUACUGAAUUGCACAACACUUUAUUAUUCUUUAUUCUUUCUUUAAAAUAAUCUUUAAUUUAAUUUAAUUUAAUAAAUCUACUUUUAUUAUUAUAAAAUCUGCGUGGCCUCUCUUUCAUGUUUCAUGCAUUGAGCUAUGCAUGUAACACCAAAUACACACGCGCACGCGCAGGCACAUCAGUGGGCCGCGGAUUGCUUUCUAGUCCGAAUGGUGGUCCCUGGGACAAAACCAGUUGAA